AAAUAACAAAAUGAAAGUUUUAUUAAUAAUAAAAUUAAUUAAAGUCAUCCAUUAAUUGACUGCAUUUUCAAAACCACUUUUAGUCUUUAGUAUUUCAUUAGGAGAUAAAGACAAACACAUCACAAGAAUAAUGCGAUUCUUGGUUGCCGUCACUCUAUUGGCUUCGUUGGGAAGCAUAUCAGUCACGUCAGUGAAGGCCAGGACAAUGGAAAUCAAAAUCAAUGAUGAUGGCAGUUCAACUGAUGGCAACUAUGGCGGCCCUUCAUGGGGAACCUCUGGAGGCGGCGGCUCUUCAUGGGGAAGCAGGUCAUCAUGGUCAUCAACCUCUGGAACCAGUGGCCCCAUACCAUUUGGAACCACUGGAGACAAUGGCGACAUCAAUGUGCAAAUCAAUGGCGAUCCGUCAAUGGGAACUCCAAUGGGUGCGACUCACGGCACUUCAUGGACAAGCAGUAGCGGCACUUCAAUGGUGCCGACUAGAACCGGAUCCAACAGGAGGAUUGUAUUGGACAUCAAUGGAGGUGAUGGCGGCCCUCCACCGGUUCCCACUAGCACUUCAUGGGGAAGCAGCACCUCGUGGUCGUCAACCAGUAGAACCACCGGUGGAGGUAUGCCUGGAGGCGGCGUGGAACCGGCCUGGACACCGGGUGAACGCAGAACUAUAACCAUUACCAUAAAUGGCGUUGAGAACGAGGUUGAAACCGUUGGAAGUGGACGGGACAAUGGAGGAACGCCAAUAAACAGCGAGCCCGGACAGUCAGCAGGUUACAUCGCAACCAAUGGAUUCGUCUAUAACGCGAUUGACAAACUCAUCGGUUAUAUGGAACCCGAUGGAGACACCGCCUGUGACUAUAGAACCAAUCAAGUGAUUGGUUUCAAAAAACUUUACAUUUUAGAUAGAGACAAGAAGAACAAAAGAUGCACUUCAGUCACUUCGUGGUCAACCACUUCAACCACUCGUGCAACUGGCGGAGGCCGAAGCCAUACGAUUACCAUUACAGUGGAUGGCGUUCCCACACAGGCGCCCACCACAGGUGUCCCGAGUGGAGUCCACAUAUACAACGCCGCCGGACAGCAGUCCGGUUACGUCUACAACAGCUUCAUCUAUAACUUCAAUAACAAAAUCAUCGGUUAUAUGGAUAACGACGGAAACACCGCUCGUUAUAAAGACAACAAUCAAAUCAUUGGUUAUAAAACAAUCACAUCUCUCAACCCGAAUGAUCCAAAUGGCCCGGAUGGCCCAAGUGGUCCAGGUCGUCCAGGUAGAAGCACUACUAUUACCAUUCCAAUGAAUGAUCCCUAUGGCCCGAAUGGUCCAAAUGAUCAAAAUGGCCCGGAAGGCCCAAAUGGUCCA